AGUCGGCGCGUUUAGUACUCGCGCCUGCAGAGCUUUCAACCUCCGCGCCGGCUGCGCCUUUUUCUCUGCGAGGGAAGCAAGGCCACGCGGCCUACGUAGCCGAGUCGGAACCAACCGGUUGUUUGGUGAAACCUACCCCAGAGCCUCCCACGGCCCACAGCGCACAGACUGUUUUUGCCAGCCAUGGCAUCUGGAGAUGACAGUCCUAUCUUUGAAGAUGAUGAAAGCCCUCCUUACAGUCUAGAAAAAAUGACAGACCUCGUAGCUGUCUGGGAUGUUGCUUUAAGUGACGGAGUCCACAAGAUUGAAUUUGAACAUGGGACUACAUCAGGCAAACGAGUAGUAUAUGUAGAUGGAAAGGAAGAGAUAAGGAAAGAUUGGAUGUUCAAAUUAGUGGGCAGAGAAACAUUCUGUGUUGGAGCUGCGAAGACAAAAGCGACCAUAAAUAUAGAUGCUAUCAGUGGUUUUGCUUAUGAAUAUACUCUGGAAAUUAAUGGGAAGAGUCUUAAGAAGUAUAUGGAGAACAGAUCAAAAACCACCAAUACUUGGGUAUUACACAUGGAUGGUGAGAACUUUAGAAUUGUUUUGGAAAAAGACACUAUGGACGUAUGGUGCAAUGGUAAAAAACUGGAGACAGCAGGUGAGUUUGUAGAUGAUGGGACUGAAACUCACUUCAGUCUCGGGAACCACGACUGUUACAUAAAGGCUGUCAGUAGUGGGAAGCGGAAAGAAGGGAUUAUUCAUACUCUCAUUGUGGAUAAUAGAGAAAUCCCAGAGAUUGCAAGUUAAUGAAUCUUAAUCUUAAGAAGUAAAGAUCAGGACUUUUUAAUUACUGUGGUAAUUAAAUUGUUCAGUAUGUACUUAUCAGUACAUUUAGUCUGCAAUGUUUUUAUUUUUUAAAAAGUUACAUGAAACUGUAACAUUCCAAGGGUCAGGAAAAAAACCAAUUAUGUAUAGUCAUAAAAAUUACAAUGUAUGAUGCAAAUAAUGUAAAAUGUUUUAAAGACAAAUGGAAAAUAAGAUAUGGACCAAAGUCACUAAUGUUUUACAACAGUAACCUUUACUAUAAUAAAUACUGUAAACAAAA